GCAUCUGCUGCGGGGUUCCGGACACUGAGUCCCCUUUGUUCCUCCCACGGACAGCGAUAUUCUGGACACCCUGGCAUUCAUUUAUGAGGAGGAGGAGGAGGAAACGCAGUUGGUUUUGGGAGGAAGGGGCAGUGACUAACCCUGUCCCUGUGACUCUUUGAGUGGAGAGGCGCGGUGUCACGAGCAGAGACCAGAGAGAGACUGUAUAAGAGCUCAACCCAGCUAGCAGAGUACUCUCUCUGAGUGUCUAUGAACGGUGUGUAGUGGUAGAGCUGUCUGGAAUACAGACAGUAUGUUGGUUGAUCUGACGAUUGUUGAAUUGUCCUUCUCCCUGUUUGCAGCCCACCCUCUCCGGGGUGUCUAGAGAUGUAGAGAUCAGCGUGAGGAGCACAGCCCCAUCUUUCCCAGCAGCACUUUCUCACCAAGAGCUUCCUCACUCUCUCGGGCUGGACUGCAGUGCGUCUGCGUCGGCUCGCCCUCCCCUCCCCCCUCGCCCCCCAGCCAUGGCCUCACGAAUAGGGCUGCGGCUGCAGCUGAUGCGAGACCAGCUGCAGCAGGAGGAGCAGCGGGAGCGGCAACUGCAGCAGAAUGCAGCGCUGCAGUACAUGCAACAGCAGCGUAUGUCUGCCCCAGCACCCAGCCCUGCCAUCAACGCUCCACAACACUGCCAGAGCAUGCAGGUGCCUGUGGAGGUCCUCAAGGUGCAGACUCACCUGGAGAACCCUACAGACUACCACAUUCGCCAGUCCCAGAGACAACAGGUGAAGGAGUACCUCUCCACCACCUACGCCACCAAGCAGACAGUACAUGCAGUAACAGGGGUGGUCCAACCAUCCCCUCCCCCUACUCUGGCCCCCCCCGGGGCCUCUUCCUCGGCCCCCCCUCCUCUCCACUCCCCCCGGCUCCGAACAGAGCAGCUCAUCACAGGAAACAGCGCCCCUAACAGCCCCAUGGCCUUGCUCAACAUCGGCUCCAGCCACGAGAACGAGGUACACGAGAUGGAUGAGGUCAUCGAUGACAUCAUCAGCAUGCAGUCGAGCUAUGAUGACAUCCAGCAGUACAUUGACCCUGUUCAGAUGUCCAACACACUCCCUCUGUCCAGCAGUCACCUGGACGUGUACACGGGCCCUGGGAUGACCGGUCAAUCCAUUGCCAUGACCAGCAACUCCUGUCCUGCCAACCUGGCCAUCAAACGAGAGCUGACGGAUGCAGAAGCCCGUGCGAUGGCCAAGGAGAGACAGAAGAAAGACAACCACAACCUGAUUGAGAGAAGGAGGAGGUUCAACAUCAACGACCGGAUUAAAGAGCUGGGCGGUAUGAUCCCCAAAACCAACGACCUGGACGUGCGCUGGAAUAAGGGCACUAUUCUGAGGGCUUCAGUAGAGUACAUCAAGCGGAUGCAGAAGGACAUGCAGAGGACCAGAGAGGUGGAGAACAACUUCAAGAGGAUGGAGAUGGCCAACAAACAACUGUGGCUGCGCAUCCAGGAGUUGGAGAUGCAGGCUCGUCUGCAUGGCCUCCCCAGCACCUCUCCCUCUGGGAUGGGUUCCUACGUCAAACAGGAGACCAGCCCUGAGGAGAAGCUCCAGCAGCAGCAGGCUCAGGCCCAGGGCCAGCAACACCUCCACCACCCCCAGUCCCUUCACCUCCAGCCUCAGCAGGGCCAGCUCAGGCAGCUGCCCCCUCUGCCCCCUCACCUCCAGCCCCAGCUUCCCCUCCAGUACUCAGCCGUGGGCAGCUCCCAGCCCUUUGACUUUGCCCAGUCGCUGGACUUGUGUGACGGGGUGCCUGGCUUCCCAGAGGGCCUGUCGGGGCUAGGGGAGCUGGGCGGCCUUGGUACCCAGGGAAGGAGAGGCGACCUGGGCUUCCUGAUGAUGGACGAGCCCCUGUCUCCUCUGGGUGGAGACCCUCUGCUCUCUGCCAUGUCCCCUGAGGCCUCGGUCGACUCCAGCCGCAGAUCCAGCUUCAGCAUAGAGGACACCGAUAUACUGUAGAUGGAGUAUACACACACACACUGUAGAACCACACACAGAGUGUGUACACACACACACAUAUGGUACGUAUUGUACACACAGUAGAAAUACACCCAGAACACUGAUAUACUGUGACAUGCUUAUGCUCUGUUCAACAACCCAGCCAGCAUACAUUUGCACUCUAAACUCUCUCACACACACUCCAAGCAUGCUGUACAAACACUGAUACACACUUACACACACAAACUUGACAUUCUCAUAGAUGCACACCCUUUCUUAGCACUCGUAUAGAUACACAUUCAACAGCAAUAUUAGAAAUGAAACCAUGUUUCAGAUUGAAAUAAUUGUGUCCUACCACUGUAAAUAUCAGAGCACCUCUGAAUGAUAAACAAUCUAUUACACACGCGCACACACGCGCACAGCACAGAAGAGACCCUGUUAUUUGAAGGGUGAGGCACUGACAAAGGUUUGAGACACAGACCUCGACCCCUUACUUUGUAAAACACACUGGCAUGACCUCGAGUCUGCAAGCUACUGCCUUCUCCUGUGUCGCCUAUGACCUUUAGCCUUAAUGGUACUGCCAAGUCCACUCCAUGACCUCUGACCCCUGUGUGAACUCUGAACAUUGAGGACAGAUGGUUUGGCCUUGAUUGUGAGGUGUUGUAGCGAUGCAAGGGGUUAUAUAGCUCCACAGGUUUCUAAGUAGUGCCACUGUGUAGCAUCAUAGGGUGUAGGAUCUCCUGUAGCCCUGACCCAAACCUGCCAACGGGCCUUGUGUUAGCCACCUGAAGACCCACUCUCUCUGGCUGAGAUGGAGGGUGGGAGAGGGUUGUCUUUUAGUAAGUUGUACUGUAUAGUUAGGAGGGAGAGGACCAGUCAUAGAGAUUGGCUUAGAUAACCCAGUAAUGUCAUUGUCUCCACUGUAACAAACACACACACACAACACACACACACACACACACACACACACACACACACACACACACACACACACACACACAGCAGUGUGCCUUGAGGCUGUGUUCAAAUCAAGACUUUGAGCGAAACUUCGGUACCUCACCCAGUCUGUGCAUGUAGAACUGUCAGCUUUGGGUCAACCAGGUUAAACUAGACACUCACCAGGUACUAACCAAACCAACUCUGUAGAAACCAAACUACAGCUGUACAAUACAUAAAUAAACUAACAGGAAAACAAAUAUCUUUCAGAUUUGGGUGAGGGACUGAGGUCAACGCUUUGAUUUGAUAUGGCUUAUGAUCAGUACAGAGAAAAGGAAGUCAAAUGAUGAUUUGAAAGGUAUUUGUCUGUAUUCUAUUAUAGUUUGUUGUUUUAUUUGAUUUCAUCUCCCAAUGCACUGGAAGCUAUAUUAUUUAAUUGACUUUGUACACGAAAGACUUUUCAGUUUUAUGCCACUUAAAAUGUCUUUUAUUUGUAUUUGUCCUUUUCAUUUUAUUCCUAAAGUACCUUUUUCUCUAAUAGCCAUUUAAAAGUGAAAGUAUUCAAGCCACUUGCGUGACAGUGUACGACCAGUGGGGAGCCAUAUUCUAUACUUCUCUUUGUGGAAGAAUGAUUCAAAUUUCACCAGGCUUUGAAGAGUUUAGAAGAUCAUGUACAUUUACAGUAUGAUGUCAUUUUUAUAUUGAUUGGGAUUUUCUCUCUUUUUUAACCUCUAGAAAUUGGAGCCAGAGACUAAGUUGAGAGGUGAUUUUAUUUGAUUUGAUGAAGUUAUAAUUGUGAUUUUUGUGAAUGUGAAGAUGGCCUGUACCGGUACCAAGCCAAACCCAAGCACCACAACAACAGGGUAUUUUCCUUCAUGGUGCCACUUUGACCCUGACUUUGGUUUCCAUUUAGACUACUUCCUUCUGAUGGAAGUCAGAACUACCAUGGAGGAGUUCUGUUGCCAUAGCGUUGGCACAGCCUUGAACAAACCUGACCUUCUCUCUGUCUGCCAGAGUUCCCCUUUACCCUUCUCCAAUGUUUGUAAUCAAUUGUUUUACUUUUGUGUAUAUUGUCCAGCCAACAUUUUAAAGAGCUUGUCUGCAGAUAAUGUGGCGUGUUGUCCCCUCUGUGACUGUCCCCCUCCCCCAUGUCACUGUAUUCGACUGAUUCUGGCCGACUGGUCAGGGGAAACUGGCAUUCUGGCUUUGCUUUGGAUAUAAAAUGUUUUACCAAAAUCCA